GGCGUGUAAGAUGCCGGAAGGAACAGCAGGCUGGUCACGGAGGGCCAAGCGGGAUUGGGUUGGCCAUAUGGAGGAGGCAUGGAUGCUGGGAAGAGGCCAGUGGCGAGUGAGAUUGAUACAGAGGGGGAGUUGACUGUCGCGUACUUAGCGCCGACGGUUGAGUUGAGGAACUGGCUCAUCGAAGAAAGAAUGAGGGACGAGGUGCAUGUGGCAGAAGUGCAUGGCCAAGUGACAUAUCAACCAUGGAAGCUGCCAGCGGAAAUGAACGCAGACAGAAUGCGUGAGCGCAAAAGAUGGCCAUGGGUGAAAGUCUUCAAAUCCUCAUUACUGGCAGCGAAAUGGAUGAGAGGGGCAGUCGAGCACUUCUUUGGUCCAAUAGUUAGUGAACAGCGGCUGGACGAUGAGCAAAGAGAGUACGUUAAGUAUGUGCUGGAUGGCCCGAUGAGGAACCCGCUGAAGAGCAGCGUCGCGGUGGCUAUCGGCCCUUAUAGCUUUGAAGAGGUGAGAGUAGUAACGAGUGAGACACCCUUUUGUGAGGUGUGCUUCACACAUGGCCACAUGGGGCUCCAUGGAAGAUGCUUGACGCCGGCUGAGACACUGCAGGAGAUGCACGAAAGGGAGAUGAGAAGUAUUAUGGACCCGAUCUUGCAGUCGAAUCCUCAAGAAGAAAGGAGGGCCUGGCAUGAGCUGGAGCUCCAGGUGGACGACGCCCUGCUGAAGGAAGCCAGAAUUGCAGCGCAGACGCGGAAGGAGGCCGCAAGCCAGGCCUGUCACGAAGAAAGGCGGAGGAAGCCGGCUAAGGGAAGAGGAAGAUACUGCCGGAAUGUACUGUGGGAGGGGAGGGGAGAUGACCCCAUGCAGACUGACGACCCGCACUGGCUUUUUGGAGAAGACCGGAAAAGGAAGGCGGAGCAGGGGCCGGAACAAGAGAAAGGCUCCAAAACGGGAAGUUCACGACAAGAACAAGGGACAGGAGGGGACCAAAGAGAGAGGGACGCUGAGGCUUCGUCAGCAAAGCCAGGUAAGGAGGUCGGGGAGGGCGGGCAGACACAGUCUUCAGAAGGGACUCGGGGGGCCGAAGAAAGGGGAGAGACCAGCCGGCAGAAAGAAGGACAGGAGGGAACGAUUACUCAGGGAACGCAAGGGCAGCAGGGGAACCGAGCUGCUUCGUCCGAGAAGAACGCUGAUGGGGGAGAAGGAGGGGGGAGGGCUGGGUUGUCCGAGGGCCAAGGGGGACAAAACGAGAGAAGGAAAGAAGCGCAGGCGGACGAUAGGCAGGUAAGGCAGGACGGACAAGGGCAGGGGCAGGCUGAAAGGCGAGGGGAACAGGACAGUGGGGGGGAGUCGGGCGCGCAGCAGCAACCGGGCAGGCCGAUGUACGAAACAUCUACGCAGGUAAGGCAGGAAGGACAAGGGCAGGAGCAGGUUGAAAGGCGAGGGGAACAGGGCAGCGUGGGGGAGUCGGGCACGCAGCAGCAACCGGCCAGGCCAGUGUACGAAACACCAAUCAUAGCUGAUCAGGUCCCCCACUCACCGAUAAAAUACGGGCGAAGGCGCAAGCAAGUGACCUCAGGACCAGAGAAGAAAUCCUCAUCAGCGGAAUGCUUUCCGGUACCGACCUUCUCCUCCGACAGGGUGGCAUCGACGCAAGGGAAAACUAUGGGCCAGGAGACCUCGGGACGGCAGGCUUCAUCGCAAACCUCACAAACAAGGCCGAAGUGUACAAGAGAGAGGCAUCAAUCCCCCUUGGGAACCAAGGGAUAUGAACCAAGGUAUUCGCUGCGAGGGAAGGGGAAAAGAAACGAGUCGCCACCGCCUUCGGGAUCGGUCCCCCUCAAGGAACCGAGCUUUGGCCUUCCGGCUGAGGGGGUGGGCGAUCAGUCAAGCUGCCAAGAAGAUGACAACUCGUUGGAAUCCUCUACUACAGAGACAUCGGAUAGCUCGGAGGAUGACCAACAGUCUGUUCAUCGGUCUGCAAACCAGCAGCAGCAGGACUGUUCAGCAGAGGGAGGGGCUCAGGGGUCUGCAAGCCAGCAGCAACAGGAGCGAUCAGUAGAAGAAGAACAUCAUACUUCGCAGGGGCAGGGGUCGGAAGAGGGGGCUACACCAGCGGAGGUGGCAAGUGCUGAGAACCGAAGUACGCAGGAGCAGGAGAGUCAGCAGCGCCAGCAGCCUGAGAGUCAGCUGGAAGGCCUGGCACGGCAGGAGCGCGUGGGGGCCAGGUUGCCUGACAUACUUAGGGCGGGAGAGGGCUAUGUCUGCCCGAUUGUCCUAUGGCAGGCGCCGGAGGAAAUAAGGCUGCUCCUGGAGGGGGCAACGGACGUACCAACUUUUGGAGUGGCCCGCCCACCUCGGGAACAGCAGGUGCUCAAGAAGGUGGCUGAGUGGUUGGGACCAAGAUACGAAGUGGUGACGAUGCCUCAGAUAUCAGCACUACGAUUUGUGAGGGAGACUGCGGGGGGGGAUGAGUAUGUCAUCUUUGUCUUCUUUGUGGAAGCCAUCCCUAAGAGUCGCAUCGACAUGAUAUGGGCGUCGGGGGAGCUGAACGAAACUGUGGAGCAAGUGCGUAUUGUACCGAUGGCUACGUCGGACCACUCUGCAGUAAUUGCGACAUUCCCGGUGGGUCGCCUGGAGGAUAUUUGGAGCCACGUCCAGAGCCGUCUCAAUCUUGCGGAAACUUGUAAGUUGGAAGAGGACAUCACGGAAGAGGAAGUGGUAAGAGCGAUUGCAGAGCUCCCUAGGCUCAAAACGCCUGGCUUGGAUGGAAUGCCGGUGGAACUCUAUAAGGAACUCCGUAAUUUCUUCGGAGUUCUGCUGACAGCAGCCUACAACGAGGCUGUGAAGGGAGGCACCCUUCCUCAAGGCUUUGCGGAUGCGUAUGUGGUUUUACUCUUCAAAAAAGGAGCCAAGGAGGACGUGCGGAACUGGCGCCCGAUCUCCAUCCUGAAUGCGCUAUAUAAAAUACUUGCCAAAGUUUUGGCAAAUCGGUUGAAGGAAGUCCUACCAAGUAUCAUCGACUCCACUCAGACUGGGUUUGUGGCGGGUCGUCAGAUCUUGUCGAAAAUUUUAUUAGCACAGCAGAUACUGGAGGAGGAGCAAUGCACAGGUCAGGCACUGGCCUUUUUGUCAAUAGAUCUUGAGAAGGCUUACGACCGGGUCAGAUGGGAAUUUUUACUGCAAAGUAUGGCAUGAAGGGGAGUUGGGCCUAUCCUGUGCAGUUGGAUUCG